AUGAGCAGCAGUCUCUCAACGCCUGUCGACAUUGACCUCGAAGUCGUCAGAGGAGGCGAGAGUGACCCUCUACUGCUUCGUCAACGGAAAGUCUCGGACUCGGAGCUCGAAAACCUCUCCAAGUCGGGAAAGAGGAAGCUAUCGAAAUUUUACGAAAAGCAGAAUGAGCUCAUCGACGACCUUCUUCGUCCGCCAGACGUUGUAGAGGAGGGAGAGGAGAGGCGUCUUCUGAAGCUGAAGAUUGCGGUAUAUGGAUCCGUGGUCGCCAAUGUGUGCUUAUUCGCACUACAACUCGUCGCAGCCGUCUUGUCUGGGUCUUUGGCAUUGUUCGCCACGACGGCUGACGCUUUCAUGGAUUUGGCAUCGUCACUGGUUCUCGUGUUUGCUGGAAAGGCCGCCUUGACGGAGAACCCAUUGCUAUACCCUACGGGCAAGACCCGAAUGGAAACAGCUGGAAUUCUGAUCUUUUCUAUCAUGAUGGGAACAUUAUCUAUUCAGUUGCUGAUCGAAGGCGUACGUACACUUAUAUCCGCAUCCCACGACAUCGAUUUGUCCCCGAUCUCUAUAGGACUCGUUGGAGCAGCCAUCGGAGUCAAAAUCGCCCUGUAUCUCUAUUGCCGAACCUUGUCGCAGUAUCCAUCAGCGAAAAUCCUGGCGCAGGACCACCGAAACGAUGUGUUUAUGAACUCCGUCGGAAUCUCACUUUCGAUUUUGGGUUCCAAAGUUGUGUGGUGGCUCGAUCCUCUUGGCGCCAUCCUCAUCUCGCUCUUGAUUUUGCGUUCUUGGUCUAGCACGGCAUGGGAGCACGUUCAGUACAUUGUGGGGAAGACCGCGGACUCAGCGUUCCUGCAGAAAGUAACCUAUAUCUCCAUGACCCACGACCCGCGAGUCAAACAAGUCGACACUUGCAAAGCAUACCACGCCGGGAACAACUUCUUCGUCGAGGUCGACAUCGUUCUACCACCCGAUAUGCUCGUAUGCGAAGCGCACGACAUCGCAGAAGCGCUACAGAAUAAGAUCGAAACGCUGCCGAAUGUGGAACGGGCGUUUGUGCAUAUCGAUUAUGAGACAAGUCAUGCUCCCGAGCACCGAAAGGCUCGCUAG